AUGGGAGUGAUUGAAAAUGAAUUGGUAAGUACCUAUGUUAUAUUAUGUUAUGCAAAUAUUGUUAUUAUAGGUACAAAUACUCAGUGGCAGCUCGAAACCUUAUAUUUUAAUCAUAUGAUUCACCAGACAAAAAGUCGGGAGACUCGUGGGUACUAAGAUAUUUGGAGACAUAAUACAAAUUGUUAUGGUGAGUGGCGAAUCUAGAGUUGGGAUCUAUGGUUCGGCUAUUUUUUAGAGACCACUUUUUAUGGCCAAUAAUUAAAACUAAUAGCACACACAAGAUUUUUCUUAAAAUGUUUAACAUGUAUUUUUUGAAAUAUUAUUAUUUUAAAGUAUUCAAAUACAUAUUUUAAAUACCAUUUUUUGUAUGUAUUUGAAUAUUUAUUCUGAAUUAUUUUAAAAAAUAUUUACCAAACUACUAAGUCUGAAUUUAUUAGGUCACAGAUUUAUGUAUAAAUACAUCAUUUUUAUUGAAUGCAGAUUUCUCAAUUUUAAUUAAAAAUGAGCACGGUUCAUAACCCUGAAAAAACCUUUUAUUUUCAUAUAUUUUGAUGUAAAUACAUAUUUUAAAAAUUUUUACCAGAAGUAAAUAUUUCGUAAAUUUUUUAGAUAUUCAUAUUCAAUUUAACAGAAAUAUUAACAAUAACCAUUAUUAUAUUAAAAGCUAUUAGAAAUAUUAUUUUGAAUAAAAAUGAAAACACAUCAAUUGUUAUUGAAUUUACACCAUCUGCGUAUACCAAGUAUGAAAUUUAAUAUUUCCCGUAUUAUCCUAGAUUAACGUUGAAUACUCCUUCAGCCACUACAAAUAAUGCAGCAAUAAUUUAACUAUUUUCAAUGGGGAUUGAUGAAUACUCACUAUAAAACAUAUCAAUUCGGAUAUAAAUAUAUGAUUUUAUUAUAACAUAUAAUUACUAUCUCCCUGCUAUGUGUAAAUUAUCAGUUUGGUUUUAGAGGUCAAAGAGGCCAAUUUACCAGCCAAAAUUAAGCUGAGGGUCAGACGACUCCUGAACAAAAAUGUAUCUUACAAAUAUUUAUAAUACGAACAUAAUCAUAUUACCUAACCUACGAAAAAAACAUAGUUUAAAAAGCAAUUUAAAGAUUUCUAUUCGAACGAUUAAAAUAAUUUAAACUCUUUUUGAUAAUUAAGAGAUAUAAUCAGUAUUGUGGUUUUUUUUUUGUCAGUUAAAAUUGUAUGUAUUUAUUUUAUAAUUUCUAAUUAAUAUAAUAUACGUUUAUACAUAGUUUGAAUUUCAGAAUAAUGCUGUCAAUUAAAAAUAAAUCCUUGAAAAAUAACUCUUCAAGAAAAAAAAUGUCUAACUUUUAAGUACCUACCUAUAAAAAAUUUCCUUGUGUGUAUAGAUUACUCGUUAAAGAAAAAAUUAAAUAUACAAUCUACGUUAAACUCGCACGAGUGCAAAUCGUUAAAUCAAAUAUUAUAUAUUAAUACUUACCUAUUGUUAAUUUGUUUGAAAUAAUAUAACAUUGAUGUACGUGUUAUAGAAAUUCCCAAGAUCAGUAUGGUUUAUUAUAUGUGAAGAACUAUGUGAAAGAAUCAACUAUUCUGGAAUAAAAAGUAAAUAAACAUUUUGACUCUAAUUAUUACCGACUACCCACCGUGGAUUUAGAAGUAAAAUUGUAUAAUAUAAUGUAAUCAUAUUUAUACAGUGACUAGGUAUAUACCUACAUAAUAUACUCGUAUAUACAUAUACAAUUAAAUUAACCGUACGGCCGAAACACCAAUAUUUGUAUUAAAGACAAUUGUAAAUUCUGAUUCCAUAAUCUAUACGCGUAAUAUACCAUAAAGAGAGUUUUUUUUAAAUUUAAAAUUUGUUAUACAAUACUUCCCAACGUGUAUUAAUAAAUUACAAUAAUAUACACAAAACCUGUUUCCCCCUUUGGGAAGCCGGUCCACGUACGUACAAAUACAAUAUAAGUCAACCUAACUUAACUCUACGUUGAUGCAAUUCAGAGAGUCGAUCGUGUUAUGAUUCUCGCUUCCUGGGCCAUUAAAUGAGGUCGUACCAACAACGUGGCCUCAUUCACAGGAUAUUAUCGGACAUGAGGAUAUGAGUGAUAAGACGUCCCAAGGAUCUCAUCUUUCCUGUCACUCGGGCUCCUAUAUAGUCACGGGUACUUUAGGCACUGCCUGUGCUGCAUGCGGCGAGCUUCGGACGUUCAGUGCCUGUACUUUUAGCACCCAGAAAACAAGACGGAACACAUAAUCUUUGACUGUCCGCACUCUGGGACUCAUCCCGUCCGGCAGUCAGAGCCUUUGUUUGAGGCAGAAACAUCACUCCCAGCGAUGUUCAGAACUUUCUCUAUGGGCUAGCAGACAUUCCGUCUUGGAAUUUAGAUAGCUCCAGCCACAACCAACUCUUGUCCGCUUCCUCUCGGGCCAAUUAGUCCUUCUUUUCCAUGUUAACGAACAUUUUGAGCUGCAAUGAGCAGAACGAAAGUACAAAGGAGGCCGUUACCAAUCGAUCAACCCACUAUCUAACUCCCCUGCAUGAUCAACCAGGCCUUAGGACACUUCGCUUUCACAAUGCAAAGCAGUUCUGAACACAUUCUCAAGCCAUUGGGCUCCGAAGAGGAAGGGCAAGACGAGCUCCCAGGCUGGUGGGUGAUGAACACGGGGCUGAGGAAACUUAGAUCAUGAGCCAUGUAGUUGAGCUAGGCUAAGUUUCCGAGUUCAUAAUUGUAUCAAUAGUUAAUUCAGGUUAACUUAUUGUAUUUGUAUUUUAAAUUCUGAUUGGAACGCGGGAUGUAUUGAUUUUAUAACGAUGUUCAUUUUUUUUUCUACCAACAAUUAUGCUUCGAUUUAUAAUGACUUUUUCUUAAAGAAAAUCUGACUAGAAAAGUACUUAAGGGAGGCCAUUUUUUGAUUUUUCCAGAAAUUUUUCCAUUUCAGUAACAAUCAUCCCCAUUAUCCUAGGAUAGUUUUUUAAUUAUAUUCAUAUGUAUGUGAGCCUGUUCUGUGAAGGAAAAAACAUGGUUCGCAUAACAUAUGUUAUAUAUGUUGUAAUUUAUUAAUAAUCGAUGGCAACAGUAGAGAAAUAUUAUGAAAACAGAUUUCCGCAAUGCUGUUGGUUAUAACACGAAAAAAAAACAAAGAUCAUUGGUGAAAAUUCUAAUCAUGAUUGGUGGAACAAUUUUGUUUAGAAACCUACCGUUCAAUCUAUUAAUGGUUUUCAUUAGAGUAGUUAUCGCUUAAUCAGUAAUCUGUAAUCUUAAAUAUAGUACCGGUAAUUAGUUACCGUAAAAAAUAGAACCAGUUAAAAAUAAAUAACAAGUAUCGAGAGUUAUCAUAACGGUUUCAAGUCCUGCUCUAAUCUAAAUUUGUUUCAUUAUAAUUUAGCCUUUUUUAGCCAAUAAAUAAUACAAUAGUACAAUAAACUAAUUUUUGUCUAAUUCAAUAAUUAUAAAUAUUAUAUAAAUUAUUAUAUAAAUACUAAAUAGUUAUCACUAAUCAUAAAUGUAUUAUACCGUAGUUACUAAUUAAUGCUCAAAGCAGUCCGAUUACUGUAAGACCAUUUUUCGAAUUAAAUAAAAAAUUUGUUUAGGUAUUUUGGGCGGUAAUACUUCAGUUAAAAAUUAUUCCGAAUUGGUGGUAAUAAAUUAUUACAAAUUUGUACUAAUUACUCGAACUGGUCCAGAUAUCCUAGAACCAUAUUUCGAGUUUCGGGUGCCCGGAACCGUGGCAUCCGUAAAUAAAAAAUUAAUUUUGGGUGGUAAUACUUGAGUUUCAAAUUCUUAAUUCACGGUUACAAGUUAUUACGAAUUGGUUACUAAUUUGUAAAACUAUUUUUGUAUCAAAAUUUUAAUUUAGUGAUUCCAAGGUUAGUAACCUUUAAACUCUUAUAAAAAAUUGAAUUAUAUUACGCUCAUCUAUUUUUUUACCCACUAAGUAAAAAUUAAAACGAACCCCGUGUUAAAUUUUAAGCAAUUCUAUUUGAUCAAAUAAUUUUAUCCACGGAAGUUACCCAUUUUUUCCAAAAAUAUACAUUGUACUUUUCGGCUAAAUCGUAGAAUCGGUCGAUUCCCGUUUCGCUAACAGUGUACCUACCCUUUUCCGUCAAAUGAAAAAAUGUAAUCUAAUAUUCGAAUAUAAAGAAUGAAUUCAUCAUAAAUUAUUAUUAUUGUAUUAUAAAAAAAUAUUCAAAAUAUUCACAAAAAGUAUUUAAAAUUUACAGUCAUGAUUGUACAGAGGUGUUAAAAUUAAAUUUAAUAAAAAAAUAAAUGUCAUAUUAUUUAUAAUACAUACAUAUAUUGUAUACUGUAGGUCAUAUUAUAGUUACAUUCUUAUAACUUACAAUAAUUCUAUGAUAAUUGUUUUACGAAAUAGAAUGAUUUUUAAUGAUAUUAUUUUGCUUAAAGGGGUAAAUUAAUAAUAACCAAAUAUGCUUUUAAUAGUUUUUUAUAUCAUAUUAGUUAUUAUAAUGGUAAUAUUAGUAUUAUGGUAGUUUUUAAGAAAUUAUCAUAUCAGAACUUAACAUAUAAAUAUGUAAAUUUAUUAUUGCUUUUUGAUUAAAAAAAAAAAUAAAAAAAAUAUUGACAUUAAAUUAAAAUAUCAAUUGAUACAACAAGCAACAUUAGCAAAAUAAUCAAUAGCAUUGAGAAAAUACGAUAAUCAACAAUAAAUUUAUCAUUGAUUGGAAAUUACGGUAAGUUAUUUACUUAUUUUUUUAUUUAUUAGGAUGGAAAAAUAAUAAUACAAUUAAGUUUGAAUUUAUACAAUAAAUAUAUUUUUGAUAGUUUUCGUGUAAACAAAUUGAGGUAAGAACAAUCAUUAUGAGUAUUAAUAACAACUAUUCAAUAAAUAAUAAGCAAAAUUUGUAACAUACGUAAAUAGAAAAAAAAACUUUCUAAAUUGUAUUUUAUUUAUCUAUCUAAUUAAUAAUAUUAAUAAAUACAAUCAUUAAUAUUUAUUGCAAUAUUAGACUACAUUUUUUUCAUUUGGCGGAAAAGUGAAUUGUCAAAAAGAGAAAGGUCGAUUUUAGCGGAAAAGGGAAUUGACCAAUUUAUGAUUUGGCGAAAACGUGAAUCGACGGAAAUAGGAAAGGUACAUUUUUGGUGCUAAUCGGCCAUGCCUUUACCCACUUAGUACCUACCAAACUAAAAAACCUUCAAAAAGGUUAAUGUAAGUUUUUAGUGAAAAUAUCAGGUUUCAACGAAUAUUUUUAACCGAAUUAAAUCAAAAAACAAAAUUGAAAAUAAUGAAACAUUCUUUCUACGUUUUUUCCCAAUUAUUAAGAAAAUUAAACAUAAAAUCAAAUGAACUUCCUUACUCAUCAAUUAGAUCCAAAAUACAACAAAAAAGGUAUCUUGUCAUAUUUAAUUGGAGCAAGAUUUCUGGUUAGGGAAACAUAAAUCGUACAAAUUUAAAAUAAUUCAAUCCUAACACCUUGCCGUAAAUAUGACAGUUUUUUUUAAUUUUUUUCCAGUUUUUCCCAAUCAUUUUAAAAACUGAUAGGAAAGUCUAUAAAUAAAUUAUCCUGGAAUGACAAUAAAACCUAUCAGUAAUAUAUAGGAACGAUAAUAAAAGAAAAAUCUACCAUGUAUGAUUUGUCUCGUUUAAUUUAUUUUUUCAUGCAAAUAACGAUACGAUUUUACAUAUUUUCAGCUGUUCUAGUGUUAUACUUAACUUCAGUAUUGAAUUUUUCCGAAGACGAUUCAACGGUUAUUUUUCAUUGUUUCAUAUUUUUAUCUUAUUUUAUGCCGCUUAUUGGUGCCAUAUUGGCUGAUUCUUACUGGGGAAAGUUUAAGUAAUUACUUUAGACCUUUUAAUACCCACCUAAGAUUACUUUUAAUACAUUUAAAGUUGAGCAAAUAUUAUCGUUACAGAACAAUGAUUCGAAUGUCAAUAUUUUAUUUGUUUGGAAAUCUUAUCCUUACCGGUGCAUCUAUGGCAAACAAUUUCUCCAUUCAUACUCAAAGGUAAAAAAAAAAGUAAUAUAUUAUAUUUGUUGAACAGUACAUUUUAAAACCUAAAUGUAUUUAGUGAGAAUUAUUUUACGAUUUGAAUCGUACAAUUAUUUUCAAAUUGAUAACAAUUAAUGGUAUAGAUCUGUGGCAAUGAUUUUAUAAUUUAUUUUAUUUUUUUGGCUUUUAUCGUCAAUUCUAAUUUCUUUCACAUAACAAAGUGUGUACUGACUGCAAUUUGUUUAUUAUGUUAUAACAGGUGCAUCGCAAUUAUUGCGCUACUUCUAAUCGCGAUUGGAACAGGUGGAAUAAAACCUUGUACAUAUACGUUUGGUGGCGAUCAAUUUAAAUUACCUGAGCAACGAGAUCAACUCACUAGAUUUUUCAAACGAUUCGUCGCAGCUAUUUCAUUGGGAGCGUUAAUCGCAACGUUUUUCAUCCCCGAGCUAAGAAAAGGUGUACACUGUUUAGGCAGGGAUACGUGUUUUCCGCUUGCAUUCGGCGUACUAUCUCUUGUUAUGAUAACAGCGACAGGUGAUUGAAUAAAUACCUCUUAUGCAUAAAUAAUAAGUAAACAAAAGAAAACGAAAAAAAAAACUAAAUAAGAUUAAAAAUCAAAAAUAAUUGUUAACAUAAUAUGUUACACUGUAAAUUACCCAGUCCCAGUGACGUGUGUACGAGGAGAGUAUAGGGGUUAUAUCCUUCAUCGGCUUGAAAAUAUAAUAAAUUGUAUGAGUAUUUAUUUCAUAAUUUUAUCUUAAAAUAAUAAUCUUGGCUGAAGCUACAAAAAAAAUAUUGAUUUAUUUAAUAAAAAUCGGCUUUAUUGGAUCCAGCUUUUAAAUCCUCAUUAUUAUUAAGUAAGUCAGAUUAUUAAGUAAAACUGAAGUAAAUCAUAUUAUUUAUUUAUAAAUCGUUUUUAUACACAACCUCCUUCUGAAAAUUCCUGGACGUGCCACUGAAGUUACCAAUUCAACUAUUUUAUAGAACAGUUUUGAUUUCUUUCCUUAAACAAAACAAAAGUUUUGUCAGAAUUUCCAUAAAAUAUGAUUAGUGGAAAUAUUUUUUUAAAUUAUAAUAUGGCGUUAAAUUUUUAAAAUUUUCAGUUGUUUUUCUCUUGGGAAGUAAUUUAUAUAUAAAGAGAAAACCAGAAAAUCACGUUAUUUUUAGAACUUUUGGAUGCAUAUUUGUAAGUAUACACGCAAUAUAACUGAACAAUUUGAUGAGCAAUAGAACAUUAUUUUUUCCUUUAAGUAUGCUAUUCGCAAGAAAUGUACUUCACCAGUAUCCGAUUGUGCCCAUUGGCUGGAUCACGCUGGUAAGAAAUACUCACAAAUUCAAAUUUCUGAUACAAAGUCGGCAUUGGAAGUUAUACAUAUAUUUAUUGCUUUUCCGGCGUUUUGGGCCCUCUAUGGGCAACUAGUAAUUAUCAUUCAACUAACAUUCUCAUCGAGAAAACUACUGAUCAUUUUAAUUUCUACAUUCCGCGGGCUUUUCAGGGAUCACGGUGGAUAUUUCAAGCUACGUUGAUGAACGGUAAGAUAGAGUGUAUCGAUUGGGAAAUUAAACCUGACCAGAUGCAAACUAUCCACCCAUUAACUUCUUUAUUACUAAUCUUAUCUUACAAUUCCAUUUUGUCUCCGUUCCUGGCGAAGUUCGGUAUCCGAAGACCAAUACAAAAACUCAUCCUGGGCUGUUCAUUGGCAGCUGUGGCAUUUUUGCUUACCGCUGUUCUUCAGUAUAAAAUAUUUGUAAGUUUCACGUUAUGAACGUCUAUUUUCCACUAAAUGAUUUUUUUAUUAGGGUGAAAAUGCUGUGAUACCAGCCAGUGAAAGCCAAUUCACCGUAUAUAAUGGUUUAAAUUGUAACGUUCAAAUUAACUCAUCACUGGCGGGCAACGGUACUAUUGGAUCAACAGGUUAUUUCAAUUUCAAGUAUAAACCAAUUUUGAACGAAGAAAUCGUAGACAUUAGACUGACCUUUGAUAGUUCUUGUAAACCUAACACAAAUUAUGGAAAACUGGAUACUAACGUGACUGUAGCUAAAGGGAAGGUAAUUAAGAGUAGUGUCAUUUUUUGUUUUUGUAAAAUUGUUUAAUUUUGUGUUAAUCUCAUUGGCUAUUUUAUUUUAUUCAUAUUGUAAAAAUUGUACAUUUUUUUUUUUAAUGAGCCAAAAAUCAUAAAUUGUAAAAAUUCUUUAAAAACUUUUAAUAUCAGUUAUUACAAAUUGAAAUUUAUUUAUUUUCGGGAUUUAGAAGAUUUCAUACUUUUUAACUCCCACUUUAAACAAUGAAGUCCUCUUACGCCGUAUUAACGAUUACGAUGAUUUAAGAAAACCAAAAAACGGAUACCCUAGUUUAAGGUAAUUUCUUAAUCCUAUAAGUUUUUGUUUUAAAUAUGUUUAUAUUAAAAAUAUGUGCAAUUUUAGGUUCAUAAUAAGCGAUGAUAUAAAAAAGAACGAAUCGUUUGCUCUUGUAAUCAAUGAGAAAAAAUCAUUAUUAUCAUACAAUAUGUCUUCGUUUGCAAAUGAACAUUUCAAACAAGUGAAAUUAGGAAAGUAAGAGUCGACUAUACAUUAAUAAAACAUAAUUUUCAAUAAUUAUUGAAUUUUCUCAGAUAAACGACAAAUUGUAUUAUUUCUAAAAUAUAUAUAUAUAUUUGUGAUUUAAGUUAUAAUUUAACACACGGAGAAGAAGUGAUCUCAUCAAAUAUACAUUUUAUACCAGCAACAAUAUACACACUCAUUUUGAAUAACAACAGUCUUACCAUGGUAAGAUUAUUUUUAAUCACUCAACAAUCCGUGCUCGAAUUGAAAAAAUUAAAGCCGAGGGACUCUAAGACUUCAAAAAUUAAUCCACUUAACCUCCCACACCCUCCUUACAAAAAAUUUUAGAUUUUGAGUGGGGUAAGGAAUAUAUUGUUUUUACAAUGAUGUUUAUUUUUUAUUUUUUAUUUUUUAUUUUUAUCUGUGAACAAUUUUUCUACCAAAAAUUUUGCUCCGAUUAUCAAGUGUAGCACUUUUUCUGAAAAUAAAUCUGACUGGGGUGGUACCUAACCUUAAGGGAGUUAUUUUUUUAUUUUCCUAAGGGUUUUCAUGAUAAAUGGGAAAAAGCGGAACCAAAACUUAGGAAAAAUGCGGUGCUUCCUCACAAUUCUAGUACUAUAAUAACAAAAGUUGUAGGUGAUUUAAUAUACUUUUAUAUUUCAUUAACUAAAAAUUUAUAGGAAUCGUCAUUAUAUACCACGAACUCGGGCAACUAUUUACAUAUUUUUUGGCAGCUACCUCAAUACGCGUUUAUCAUUUUGUCGGAUGUGAUUUUUAUCGCUACAGCAAUUGAAUUUACAUUUACCGAAGUAAGCAAACAUACAAUAAAAUCUAGAAUAUUAGUUGUACAAUGUAUUUUCCUUCAUUUAUUCGUUCGUAUUGUCAUUUUCAAUAGUUAUAUUUUAAAAAGCACACAUUAGAAAUUUUGAAAAAUCAAAAAAAAAAUGUCUUAGUUUUUAUAAUUGAUAAUCCAAAAAUAUUUUAUUAACAAUCAACGAUAAAUUCGUAAAUAAUACAUGAAAAUGUAUUCAGAUUUAAUUAUGUAUAAUACCAUAACAAGACUUUGCGAUCUUUACCCAUCCUUACGGCUAUUAUCUAUGGCUUUGGUGAUAGUCAUAAAGUGGUAUGUCUUUAUCCAUACUAAUUUUCAUCACCAAUAUUUUUCAGGGUUUUUUUUAAUUUCAAUAUAAUAGAAAAAAAAUAGUAAUUAUAUCAAUAAAAAGUUGUUGUCAAAAUUCAGCAUAAUUAAAAAAUAAUAAUAAUAAUAGUUAUCCCAUUUUAAUAUUUCUUUGGUCGUCCUAAUUUAGAAGAACUUCAGUCAAUUAUUUGCAUCUUUUUUUGUUUUAAAAUUUUCUUAUUAUUUUUUUCGAUAUUCUAUUAUUUCCAUAACUUUUUCCCAUUUUUGUUUGUAAUUUUUAAACUUUAAAAUUUAUUUUUGAAAUUCACUUAAGCCUUUCUUCCUUGGAAUCAAAGAUUUAACCACAACGUGAAAAUGGUAUAAAAAUAUAUUCAUAUAAAAAAAAAAAUAAAUUUCACAAUUAAUAUUGUAUUUUGCAUGAUUUAACAUUUUUUUGCACUUUUAUUCCAGGCUCCACCCAGGAUAAAAUCAUUUAUUUCAGCGUGUUAUUCAAUUACUCAAUCAUUUGGAAAUCUUUUAGUCGUAUUUAUUUCUGUAUUAUCCUUCAAGGAACAAGUAAGAAUAUAUUAUUCUCUCAAAAUUGUAAUAAUAUUAUAAACCAAUAUUUUAAUAUAUUCUAUCUGUAAUUUGUACCUUUAAGAUGCACGAGUAUCUAUUUUUCUCCGGUCUUAUGUUUGCGGACACGUUAUUGUUGGCCUAUUUGGGUUACAAUUACAAGUACAAAGCUUACAAACAACGACCAAACGAUGACGCCGAGAACAACGAAAAUGACACCAAGCUUAAGGCGAAUAACAAUGAGUUUAAACAAAGUGAUUCCGCCUAA